AUGCAGGCGCCAUACGAAAGAGUGCGCCCACGUAUUUCUGAAUUAAAGGCAAGUGACGGUGACGACUCAUGGAUCGAUUGGCCUCCGGCAGCCAAAGUCGUGCGUGCUAAGCCACCUAGCAUCUCACAUGCUCAAACCACUUCGUCAACGACUCAUGCAGCAAAGGAGACGUUGGGGGCGUCUCAAAGUGACUAUGAAUGUUCAGAUGAUCCAAAAGAGACUCCCACCAAUCUAUCGACGCCCAUUCGUCCCAUUAUGGGAGAGAUCUUAGAGCGGGAGCCAGCUUCAUCGUCACAACCCAGGGACAUUGAACCAAUGGGGAACAAUGGCAAGCCAAUGUCUGCGUUUCGUCGCUCACGUCUUGAGCGCACUAAAAAAGACUCUUCUCGCAAGCCACCAUCACCCCCAAGGGAUGAGCUCGUGCCUAUGCAGGAUGCCUCUCGAGAUCCAGGUGGUGGCGCACCGCCUGAGGCUAUGACAUCACUGAUGCAAGACAUAUCGCUAGAGAAUGAGUCAAAAGUGGCAAGCAUGAGUUACGAGACACGGGCGGAUGAGCUAAAGGAUGCGGAAUCGUUUUUUGGAAAGGACGUACUGGAGAAAUUGGCACAACGAAGCGCGCGGCGCGAUCCAACUCAUGAACAACCAUUAGAUAAACACGAAACUCAUCCAUCAGCUGGAUGGCCAUCGAUUGAGCGUCGUGCAACCGAGCUUGAUGAAGAGAUCCAGACAAAUCCACCGAAGUCCGCACAAAUCUCAGAUCGCGAUCAUUGGGAGUCUUUCCGGCAGAAGUAUUUUCCCGAUGAACCAGACGCCGUGCCAGCCGCACUCGAAUGGACUGUGUCACCAAAUCCCACAACCACGUCUAGCGUGCGCUUUGAUUUUCAUGGGCAUGUCACGACUGACUCGCGCCAUACAUGGGCAGAGGCACCAGAUUCUACCUACCUCGCGGGCUUGCAUCACCACGGCAGCGAGCAAUCUGUACCUGGCUACACGCUCGACGAGCUCCUUCAUCUCGCUCAAAGUAGCAUUGCAUCACAACGAGCGUUGGCGCUUCAAGUGCUUCAACGAAUUAGCGAACGUUAUCCUUCGUCGCAAACCGGGGCACCACUAUCAAACUCAGCCCAGCUUGCUUUGAAUGCUGAUGCACAUGCCAUCCGAGCGCGCAUUCUUCUCACUUCUUUUUGGCUUUUACAGGAUCGGCAUCGCAGUGUCAGGUUAGCCGCUGUUCCUUGCCUUGAUGCAGCUUGUCGUGCCGUCUCAAACGUGCCAGAUGACCCCUUCAUUCUUGCCGACAUGCUCACGUGCGCCAAUCCAGAUGUAAACUGGCUGUGGCCUGCAUCCCAGCAGGAUGCUUGGACACCUCACUCCCAUGCGCCCCCGCUGCAUUCACCAGAUGCAUCACACCUCGAGCUUCUGCAGCAUGAUUGGGCUGAUGCAUUGCUUCGCAUGCAUGUCUUGGAUGCUUUGGAUACCUGGCUCGUUGAAAAUGCUGCACACCCAGACGCGAUAGUCUCGAUUCUUUGCAUGCUUGUUCUCCAUCAUCAAGCCUGCGCCAAGGCACUCGCACAACAUCCGCAUCUGGUCCAGGCUGUAGUGCAGUUGGGCUGCACACAGCGGGCCUGGCCUGUGGCAGACGAGUCAUUUCCGUCUAUGGAGGCAGUCCUGAUUCUUCUGCGCAUGGUCCAAUCAAAUCGUGACGUUGCGUCUUCGCUCGUUGAUGAGGGAGUGAUCGAUCCUUUGUUGCGUUAUGUGCUUAUACCACCUCGAGACGUAUCGUCCUCACAAAGUUCGGCUGAUGCAGCCAGUCCGUCUGCUGCUACCAAUAUUAUACGACAAGAACAUGCGUUCUUGUUUGUGACACUCCGCAUUCUGGCUGCGCUUGGUCAUUAUGGUCUUGCAAGUACCAGCAUUCGUGAACUGGCCGUAGCGCUAUCGCGCUUGGCUGAUUGGACUCAGUCCCUUCCCAACAAAGUGAGCGCUGACGACAUACAAUGGUACUCCGCCCAGGCCUUGUACAACGUACUUAAUGUGUGGACGCACCGGGCGAUUCAAGGUCCUCGACAUGGCGACUUGGGCGUGAAUGGACCCAUGGUCCAGGCUUGGGCCCCACUUUCAGAAGGAUUCUUGACCAAUGCUGUAGGCCAGUCGAGGCCGACAUCCAGUGUCAAUGGUGCCAUCGGCACGGCCAUGUGCCAUCUGGCUGCAUGGGCUGAUUGUGCAAAGCAUUGCGGCAUUCCGUGGGACCGUUCGUCGUAUGAGGCCCUUCUUACAACAUGUGAACAAUUUUUACGACAUGCACACGCAUCCAUCACUUCUGCUGCUGAUGCAUUCCGCUCACGAAACAAGCAGGAAAUUCGCGCGUCCCUACAAAUUGUGGCUCAAUCAGUGUGGAUGUAUGCGGGCGUGACACGUUUCGCCCAGAUGAUGGGAUGGUCAUCUUUGCUCGAACUUGUCACACAGUACGUUCACGAAGUACUUGGUCUGCCAUGGAACAUGACAUCCACACCGGCCAUCCGUGCUGACGGCAUCGCUUCCGCACAAUAUACACAUGUCCUGACUAUGUGCGCGAACAUCACGACGCCCGAUGUACAGAUUCGCCUGGUGGGGUUGCUAUGGUCGCAUGAGUCAGCGCAUGUCGCCAGACUUCUGGAGUCGGUUGUACGUGGAUUCGAUCAAGCCACCUGGCACAUCUUGGCGCCAUUCUUUCUGGACAACAUUCGCACAGAGCGUAUCCCCUCUAUGAUUGAAGCAAGUAUGUUGCGAGACGAGCACACGUCUACGCUGUGGAAACCGGAUGUUGCUGCGCUGCCUCCUAUGACAGACCCGCGUACUGGUGCGACACUCUGGACAAGCCCUGCGGCUGGCUUGCCUCUUCGCGCUGACUGGCCGCUUCUUGCGCUUGACGAUCUCUUACACAGCGGUGAGGCACGUGCAUUAAACGCGUCCAAUGCGCUUCCGACAUCGUGGGACUUUAACGAGGCUGACAUUGUGCGAGCCUCAUUGCGUCUCGCCGUAUACGUCGCAAAAUUUGCCUUAACGCCGAGUGCUUUCUGGUGGCUCGGCAUAUACAAAGUCUUUCUGCUUGAGCAGGUGUCUUCUACGGCACCCGAGGCAUCUGGCGCUGCGACCGGCCGUGACUUGUACACCGACGCGUCCGUCGCAGAUCCCAUGCGCUCACUUAUGGACAUGGCUGAUCAGCUUUCAAUACAGUCGGCUAAGCAUAUGCGUCAAGAGCCCACACUCGAGGAUGCAACGGCUUCGAUCCAUGGGCCUGGCUUGCCGUUUUACCAGAUGUACACGGAUCUCAUGGGCCUGUACGAUGCAGUCUCGAUGCAUCAUCCAUUGUUUGCUAAAGCUAUUAUCCCACCACUCGCCAUGACAUACGCGCCAGACUAUCGCCGUCUGUUGUGGAACGAUUACGCGGCGGUGCUUCCAGGCAUUACGAUGAAUACGCUUGACGCACCGGUGGUCGGUGGCAAGCGCCUCGAUGCAUACUUGUGGCCAUGUGAAACGGAUGAAAUUGUUCUGACCCGGUAUGCAGAUGCCCUGGCCCGAGGCACAGUGAGUCCAAACCAGCCCUUCUUGUACGCAGUAGCGCUCCACCACGUAUGCGGGGCACUGUGGCACACAAUCGAGGACGAAUGGGCCUUCGAGCGACCCAUAUCAGCCACGUUGCAACGAAGCAUUGCGCGUCGCGUAUUGCCAAAUGCGCAAGUUUCGAAUGUAAUCAUGGAGUACGCUCCGCGUAAAGGGGUUGCGCCCACGGCAAGACGCUGGUCGCUCCAGGCACAGUGGCAAUGA